AUGGACGGUGCGCUAAGUUCUCAGCAGUCACCUUCUGUCCUGGUCCCGACAGCUUCUUCGGCUAUGAGCGACCCCCAAUCGCAGACCCUACCACGCACCGCUCAUGCAACCCCAGCCCUGACCUCGGCGGCGCCUGCGCCUGCCCUCCGAUCCCCCAUAUAUCCCGACCUUCUCGGUGCACCGCCUAUUCCACCACCGAGGACAUCUUCAACUCAACGAAGCCACGGUUCGAGCGAGAAGGUCUCAGGAUCGCGUCACGGGAAGAGCAAAGGUGAUGAGCGGAGCACGAACCACCGCGAGAGGAAAAGGGACGACUCACGGUCGCGGCGACAAGCUCCAAGGACGUCCGAAGACCCGUCUAGAGGAGCGGGGGCGAGCAGUCGGAGCCAGGCAGCUUCGUCUUCUGCUGCGCCCAUACGCUCGGAGGACCCUGUAGAGUCGUCUGCGGGCCAAGGAAAUCUGGUGAAAGAGUCGAGCGCAGUCAUUAACCAAGUAUUAGUGAGCGACCCAUCGGUAGAUCUUGAGCGAGAACAAGUCCGACAAGCUGGUACAUCGGUAUCUCCCUCGACUGACGAUGCUCCAACUCCUGGGCUAGGCUUGGUCGGCAGUGAUGGCGUAGAUGACGGAGGUCGCGGCGGGCUGCGAAGUCGGCAUGACUACACCGAGAAUUCGAUUAAGCGGAAGGAAACUACAUUUGGUCAAUACAUCCUGGGACAAACGCUGGGAGAGGGCGAGUUUGGGAAAGUGAAGCUGGGAUGGAAGAGAGAUGGCAGUAUUCAAGUGGCUAUCAAGCUAAUCCGGAGAGAAUCUCUUGGAUCGAAUCCCAGCCGGCUCCCCAAGAUUUAUCGGGAAAUUUCGAUUUUGCGCGAUCUUUCCCACCCCAACAUCGUCCGGCUCCAUGAGAUGGUGGAGACCGAUAGGCACAUCGGUAUCAUCAUGGAAUACGCGUCCGGUGGCGAACUUUUCGACCAUAUACUGAACAACCGAUAUCUCAAAGACAAUGCUGCUCGUCGUCUCUUUGCGCAGUUAGUAUCUGGUGUCGGCUACCUCCACAAAAAGGGAAUUGUCCAUCGCGAUUUAAAGCUGGAAAACUUAUUACUGGACCGAAACCGCAAUAUCAUCAUCACAGAUUUUGGCUUCGCGAAUACGUUUGAUCCAGUCGAUGAGCUGGGCGAGGAGAUUGAGUACAAUCUUACGAACAAGGAGUUUGUGAAGAGGAUGCGCCUUGACAGACCCAAUGCCAAGGGCUUAAGGCGUGGUGAUUUGAUGCAAACUAGUUGUGGAAGCCCUUGUUAUGCCGCACCAGAGCUCGUUGUUAGCGAUUCGCUGUAUACCGGACGUAAAGUGGAUGUUUGGAGCUGCGGUGUCAUCUUGUAUGCAAUGCUUGCCGGUUACCUGCCUUUUGAUGACGAUCCAGCGAACCCGGAUGGCGAUAACAUCAACUUACUCUACAAGUAUAUCGUUACGACGCCUCUCACGUUCCCUGAAUACGUAACUCCACAUGCCCGUGAUCUCUUGAGGCGGAUACUGGUGCCGGAUCCACGGAAGCGAGCAGAUUUGUUUGAGGUUGCACGGCAUAGUUGGCUCAGCGAAUACUCGCACAUUGUGUCGCAUAUAACUAGUAGCACAACUAAGGUCGCUGAUAUUGCUACCACGACUGUGACAAAUGUUUCCUCUUUGGGAGGUCUCGUUCACCACUCAGGAGACGUCUCCCAGGAACAGCCAGCCGAGAGUUCGAAGACUCCCCGAGAUGCAAAACGGCGAACCGUUCAGGUCGAAUAUGUCGCUCCUCAGUCGCAGACUACGAGGGGGGAGAGCAUGGAAUCUGAUACGGUAGGUCCAUUGGCUGCUAUUGAAACCGCUGAGCCUGCGCAAAUUGGAACAAUGGCAAACCGCCGAGAUGUUGAGACUGUCUCGCCACCCGAAGCCGUACCACAAGGCCCGCCUAUGCCUCCAAGCGCACAGAUUGGGGAUUCAAAGGUACAGCAACGCCCACCAUCGGGGCAUUUACCUCGCUCAACUUCGGAUUCAAUGGCACUCACGGGAUCGUCGACCAUGCCCCCAACGCAUCCUAUGCGACCUACCACGGGUGCCUCCAUGGCUUCAUUCAAUACCGGCCGUUUGCCUUCACGAGGAUCUUAUGGACAGCCGGUGGCACCAACUGUGGCGGCGACUAAUGCGCACGGCCGAUUGGCACAGCCAAAGAGCAAGCAAUACAUUAUUUCGAAUCCGAUCCCUCAAGAUCCUUCACAACAGGAUGUAGUGUCGAUUGGCCGCCCGAGCGCACAGGCUCUUCCUGCCAAAUUCAAUACGACCCCCCGACAAGAGCCACCGAAGGGUCACAAGCGAUCAAAUACUGUCUCGGGCCUUGGCGAGAAGUUAUUUGGACGGUCUGGCUCCAUAUUUGGAGGGCGUGGUGGGCAAGCAAGUACCCGCCAAAAGAGCGGCAAGCGUUAUCCUCCUACAAGUAUGAGAGACCCGUAUGGUGGCGAAAUCCCCCGGAUGUCCAUGGACUCACGCCGCUCUAUGCAAUAUGGAUCAAACCGGAAGACGAGCGAAACAGGGGGCGAGAGUCGGCCUCGCCGAUUCUCCCUCUUGCCAGCAUCUUUCUCUCUAAAAGGCCUCUCUUCGAGUAGAUCACAAACUCCAGACGACGAGUCACAGGCUGACCGCUCUGUGGAUAAUCGCGCGCAGCAAAAACCAUCUGCUGGGGAAUUACGACCCCGUGCACGUGCGACUAGCCACGGAACACAGGAUGCAAUGGGGAUCAUGCCAGAAGGUGGCCCGGCAGAUGAAGUCUUUGUCCAAGAUGAGCCCAUCAACUAUCAAGCCCGCAUUGAUGAGCAAUUUGCGGUAUUGCAUGGAACCCAAUCCGCGACGUAUCACCCGACUUCUUAUUCGGCUGAACAGGUGUACCAAAAUGACAAUGACCACUACUAUCGGAACCAGUAUGCCAAUAAUUCGACACCAAAUUACUAUGACGAAUACAAUAGUCCGUUUGAUAGCGCGCAACAGCAACCUACGCCAGCUGGCCGACCAACACGAGGGCCCAGUGUCCUGCAGAAGAACCAUCGGAAAUUUGCGGAUGCCUAUGAGUACGAGCGCGAUUCAUCACAUCACUCCGGUAGCUCUGGCGCAGCCAGGAAAGUAAUGGAUUUCUUCCGUCGACGGGCGAAGUCAAGGGCUGGCGACGACCGGUAG